AUGCCUACCAUAUCUGUUAAUAGAGAUUCCCUAUUUACUGCUCUAGGCAAAACGUACACCGAUGAUGAGUUCCAAAAUUUGUGCUUUGAAUUCGGCCUAGAAUUGGAUGAAGUUACCACAGAGAAGCAAAUGCUAAUUAAAGAACAAGGAGACCAGGCAGGGUCAAGUUCUGGUGUCUCAGAAGAUGUUUUAUACCGCAUUGACAUACCCGCAAAUCGAUAUGAUCUACUUUGUUUGGAAGGCUUAGUUAAUGGGUUACUCGUCUUUAUGGGAAAAAAGUCUCCACCAAAAUAUAAUUUGGAUAAAUAUGAAGACUGUUACUCCUUACAUCUUACACCAUCUACAGGACAAAUCCGACCAUAUGCCGUAGCAGCAGUGCUCAAGAACAUCACCUUUACUAAAGAGAGCUAUGACAGUUUCAUUGAUUUACAGGACAAAUUGCAUCAGAAUAUUUGUAGGAAAAGAACACUAGUUGCCAUAGGAACUCAUGAUUUGGACACUAUAAAAGGUCCAUUUGUCUAUGAUGCACUGCCUCCGAGUGAAAUUAAAUUUAAGGCUCUGAAUCAGCAAAAAGAGAUGACAGCACCUGAACUGAUGGAGUUGUAUUCUAAUCAUGCGCAAUUGAAGCAGUACUUAGGAAUAAUAAGGGACAGCCCCGUGUACCCAGUGAUUAAGGACAAGAACGGCGUAGUCCUUUCCAUGCCUCCAAUCAUUAAUGGCGAUCAUUCAAAAAUUACGCUCAACACAAAAAAUGUUUUCAUUGAAUGUACAGCAACGGAUCUGACAAAGGCUAUCGUAGUAUUGGACACAAUUGUAUGCAUGUUCAGUGGCUACUGUGAAAAACCCUACACUGUGCAGCAAUGCAAAGUGUUUGCACCAGACGGCACGUAUCAAUUGUAUCCAGCGUUGAAACCUCGCCAAGAGACCAUCCAUGUGGACAAAGCUAAUAGUUACAUCGGAAUUGACGUGGAUGGGAACAAAAUAGCAGAGCUGAUAAACCGCAUGUGUAUGCCUACUGUACACGAAGACUCGCUUCUCACGGUGCAAGUGCCACCUACGAGACACGAUGUCAUUCACGCCUGUGACAUCUAUGAAGAUAUUGCUAUUGCAUUUGGAUACAACAACAUUCCUCGCCGUGAGUCGCGCGUCGUCACUUGUGGCGCACAGAAUCGCAUUAACAAACUCACGGAACAACUACGCAAUGAAUGCGCACACGCAGGCUACACGGAGGCGCUCACUUUUACCUUGUGUUCCCGAGAAGAUGUAGCAACGAAACUGGGGCGCGAUAUCAAGGAUGUGCCCGCUGCGCACAUCUCCAACCCGAAGACCUUGGAGUUCCAAGUGGUGAGGACUCUGCUCUUGCCUGGUCUAUUGAAGACUUUGGCUGCCAACAAGAAGAUGCCACUACCACUAAAAAUCUUCGAAAUCGGUGACGUCGUUUUGAAAGAUGAAGCAGCAGAGACGGGUGCUAAGAACGAGCGCCGCCUAUGUGCGCUGUAUUGUGGUCGCGCCGCUGGUUUUCAGUAUGUACACGGCCUGCUUGAUCGUGUAAUGGCAUUGCUGUCUACUCCCUAUACUCCGAAUACUGGUUAUUCAUUGAAACAAGCGGAAGAUCCUGCUUAUUUUCCUGGGAGGUGUGCAGAAGUGCUGCUACAGGCCAAAGUGAUUGGCAAGAUUGGUGUAAUACAUCCAAAUGUUCUAACUGCCUUUGAACUUACAAACCCAUGCUCAGCUGUAGAAAUUAACAUCGAGCCAUUCCUAUAA